UACAUACCAUUCUGAACGUCCGACAUGAACCAACGUACCACACUUACACCAUCCUUUGCCCACUCUGCAUGACACAUACUUGUUGUGCCUUUGGUUAGUGCAUCCCCAAGCGCGUUCACUGACACUUUUCUGUGCGCCCCUGACCCUAUGGACAAUGGCACAAAAAACUCUCAAUGUUUCGAGAACAAUAAAUAAAUCAACCGUUCACACGCGGUCCUCCGAGAUGGCCGACGAUCCAGCUGCCGUAUUGUCUUCUCCGACGGUCAAUCCUUUCAAGAUUGCUUGCAGUCCUCCUUUUCCUUAGUGCCAGCCACCGUUCAUCUGGGGACCUCGAGGUCGUCGUUCAUCCUCACGCAACGGGCGGGGUAUGUAUAAGUACAGCUGAUUUUGCGAUGAGCCCGGCCACCGGUAUCUCUGAUUCAGGAAUAAAAAAAAAAACACUCGCAAACCUCCUAUCCUUCACCAACCUUCACAACUCUCCCCCUCGACUCCAGUAUGAAACUUUCCAAGAAAGCAAGAAUCCUCAUAUUGCUGGUGAUCGACAGCCUCUUCUUCCUCGCCGAAAUUAUACUGGGAUACUACGUCGGUUCCCUGUCUCUUGUCGCCGAUGCAUUCCACAUGCUCAAUGAUGUCCUAUCCCUUGUCGUCGCGCUCUAUGCUAUCAAACUCGCUACCGCCCCUUCCUCCGCUCGCAACUCAUACGGCUGGCAACGUGCAGAAAUCCUCGGUGCUCUGAUCAACGGUGUCUUCCUCGUCGCUAUCAGCGUCUCUAUCGGCCUGCAAUCGAUCGAGCGAUUCGUCAGUCCUGAGGAGAUCAGCGACCCCAGGUUGGUUGUCAUUGUGGGAUGUCUGGGCGUGGCGAGUAAUGUGGUGGGCUUGUUCUUGUUUCAUGAACAUGGGCACGCGCACGGAGGGCAUUCACAUUCUCAUUCACACGACGAGGUCGAAGCUGCUCCCCAUCCACACUCUUCCGCUACACUCGUACACAACAACGACCUCCACCCCACCCACUCUCAUCUCUCGCACGCCCACUCCCACCACUCCCGUAUCCCUCCUCACGACCCCUCCGAGCUCUAUGUCCACCCCUCUCAGACCCGGCGCCAAGUUAUCCAGACCGCCCACGAGAUGGGGUACAACAGCGUCUACAGCAAGCGUUCCAGCAUUUCCAGUCUGUACGGUACACCUGCUGGCUCUUCAGCAUCUGCGGCAUCUUACAGAGAGUCGGAGAAGGCUGGAGCUCAUGAGAAGCAUGGAAAUGGGGCAAGACGGAGCUGGGGCAAGGGAUGGCUUGACAAGAUGGGAAUGCAGUCCGCUAUUGAGGAAGAGGAGGAGCAGUUGAAAGGCGGUUCGAGUGGGACUCUGGCAGGACACCUUCACCACCACCGUCCUGAACAAGACUCUUCUGCCACUUUAGCUGCUAGGGGCGCUUCUUCGUCUGCUCUCGUUUUGGCUCCGACUCUCUCAGAGAAGCCUCAUCAACAUGGACCAGGCUGCUCGCAUCAUCAUUCUCCCCAGGACGUUUCUUCAUAUGCUCGUGUUCUGGCCCCAACCCUGCCGGAGAAGCCUCAUCAACAUGGGCCAGGCUGCUCGCAUCACCAUCCUCCCCAACAGAACAGCCGUGCCCCGGAUCACGACCACGGUCACGCCCAUGAUUACAACCAUGAUCAUAGGCAUCCCGACGUCGCAUUCUCUGCGGAAGUGCCCCAUCCGCCUUCCCAUGCUCACUCUCAAGGCGGGCACCCUCACGGCGGGCACUCGCAUGGCCACAUGAACAUGCAUGGUGUCUUUCUUCAUGUCUUGGGAGACUUCUUUGGGAAUAUCGGGGUCAUUGUGUCUGGUAUCAUAAUAUGGUUUGGCAAGAGUCGAUGGACAAUCUACAUGGAUCCGACCAUCUCUCUCCUGAUCACUGUAAUCAUCCUCUUCUCUGCCAUCCCCCUUUGCCGAUCCGCCUCCUACAUCCUUCUACAAGGUGUCCCUUCCCACAUCGCCCUCGACGACGUACGCCAAGCCAUUCACGAGAUCAGUGAUGUGGAGGCAGUACACGAGCUGCACGUGUGGCAGUUGAAUGAGAACACGGUUGUAGGCAGUGUGCAUGUUCUGGUAAAGAAGGGGCAGGAGGCGAGGAGGGAGUUUAUGGAGGUGGCAGAGGACGUGAGAGAGGUGAUGCAUGAGUUUGGAAUCCAUAGUGUCACUAUCCAACCUGAAUUCUAUGACCCCGGCACAGCUCCCGAGGAUCUAUGCCUCGUGCGCUGUCCACCCGAAAACUGCGCAGCUAAGACAUGUUGCCCGCCGCCCGUCACUCAGCCGCCCACGGCAUAGGGCCAUACCGCAUACUCGUGUAGUCUUUCAUUGAAGCAGUUGUCAUGAUUAGAAGAGUGGCAAUCAUGCAUGUAUCCAUAAACAUUGGAUUUUGUGACGG